UCUGAAUCAAUGUUUAGGAAGCUAAAAAAAAGUCUUGUGACUUUUUGAUAUUUUCCCCAUAAUCCAGUAAUCAAAGAGUAAACACGAUGUUUUUUGAUGCAGAUAGUGAAGAUAAUGACUUCCUGUCAGCAGGUGGAGGGUCUAAGCUUGGAGCAUUGUUUGGGAUGGACAAAGCCAGUAACAAAGGUGGGAAUGAUUCACUGACAUACACAGCCCCUAAACAACCACAGAAAGCCAAACCAGCUGAGAAGCAAAGCAAUCAACCACAAAUACUCGGAGCAGCAGCUGUCCAUGCAUACAAAUACGUCAAUGGUCAGUACACAAGCCAGGGAAAACUUGGUGCUGCAAUUCUUGCCAACCACACAGCAUUUGAUUACAAGAUACUCCUGUACGUGAGUAAACAGCAACAAGUCACCAAUGCAAAGAUUACUCCCGACUUCUCAUUCACAGUGCAAGCUGGGAACUAUGCUAAUUUUUAUGAUGAUGCUCGUCAGAGUUGGUCCUUGAUGUUUGAUUCAGAUGCAAAUGCAAUCAACUUUGCAAAACAGGUAGCUAUAGCAACAGCUAACAGUGCAGCAGGGUCAUUGACCUCCCUUGUCAGCCAAGAUUUGUGUCUGGGGGAGGGGGGACCAUUAGAGACAGGAGACUCUGCUGAAGUGAAAUAUACAGGGUGGUUACAUACAAACUUCACAAUUGGACAGGAGUUUGACAGCAAUACCACAAAAGACAAAUUGUUCAGAUUCAAACUUGGAAAAGGCAAAGUCAUCAAGGGUUGGGAUGAAGGUGUAGUCGGAAUGAAAAAAGGUGGCAAGAGAUUACUUGUGGUGCCACCUAUGAUGGCAUAUGGGGCACAAGGAAUGGGAGAUAGGGUCCCACCAAAUUCUACGCUAAUUUUUGAAAUUGAAGUUGUCAGGGUAAAGCUGGCUAAAGAAUACAAAGAUUCCCCGAGUUCCAGUUCUGCCCCCUCUCCUGCUCCUACCCCCACCCCCUCUACAGAGACCAGUGCCCCUGGGGCAGAUGGUGAAGAGGACUCUGUUAGGGCAAGAACACGAUCCAUCAAUGAGCAGCUCUCCCAGUCUCCUACAUCUGACAAGGCAAAGUUAAUAUCUCGAAUGGCGAGGAUGGGACAACCUAUGGUGCCCCCAGUGCCUUCAGGCCAUACACAGACAGACAGUGAAGAUGAAGCGAAUCCACCAACCAUACAAGGUGCUCCUGCUAGUCAGAAACCAGACAUUCCAGCGAAUAAACCAAUUGCACAGCCUGUAGCACAACCAAUGGCACAACCAGUGUCACAACCAAUGGCUGGGAUGCAGCAACCGAUGGCACAACCAGUUGGUAUGCAGCCCAUGAUGCAGGGAAUGCAAGGAGUGACUCCCACAAGCCAGGUGGCACUGUUUCAGCCCCAACAACAACAACAAUUCCAGAUGUAUGGUGCUGGUUUCCAGCAACAACCUUCUCAACCAAUGCAGUAUCAACAACAACCCAGUGUGCCUCAGUAUAGUGGCAUCUACCCACAAGCUCAAGCACCCCCUCCUGCCCCUGCCCCCAGCUCUAACAGUCAAGACCCCAACCUCCCUGUGCUACUGUCCGAGACCCGCCAACAGAACACAGAAGUCAGACUCUCACUCAGUAAGCUGGCAGACAAACUAGACAGAUGUAUGGAAAAAUUAGAACAACAACAGUCCAAUCAAGGCCAGUUAGCAUUACAUUCCAACAUGCCUGGAAUGGAGACUGCAGUAUUGGUACACAACAUACAGAGAUUAGCUCAGGAAAGUGAAAGUCUUAAAAAAGAAGUAUUUGAAAAAAGUUCCAAAAUUGAUAUUCAGAAUGAAAAAAUCUCUGACCUUCUCAUGAAGAACCAAAAAUAUAUUGAACAAAGCAACACAAUGAUGGAGGAAAGGAAUGCCACUUUUAAAUCUACCGCUUCUCAGUCACAAGCCAGGGUACUCACCUUAGAACAAGAGAAGGUUCAGUUAGCAACAGACCUCAGCCAAGCGACGUCACAACUCACGACGUUACAACUAGAAGUGACAUCUAUAAAAAAGAAAGAGGCGGAGCUACGGCAAAGUCUGGAUUCAUCAUUAGCAGAGGGUAACAAGCAACGAGACGAAUUAGCAACUUUACGCACAUCACAGGCUGAGAAUGACAGAAGGAUAGAAGAACUGAAUUCACUUUUAAAGGCAGAAAAACAAAAUAGGAAAACUAGAGACACAAAAAUAUCAACCUUAGAAGAAGAAAUGGCGGAUUUAAAAAAUACUAAAGAUACAUUGGAAAAGACAUUAUCUGAUAGAAAGAAAAAAACGGCUAUUGAGCUUAAAAAAUCAGAGGACGAGCUUGAAGAACUGAAGGCCCAACAUGAGGUUGAGGUUCAAGACUUGAAGGAAAAGUUACGCAAACAGAGGAGCUCAACAGAUGUCGCCACUGCAGAGCAGGUUUCGCAGGUGGAGGCAGAAAUCACCAAAGAAUGGAAGGAGAAAUCAGAGCGCCAAUUGUUGGCUGCAGAGGAAAAGCACAAACGUGCCCAAGCAGAUUUAAAUGAGGAAAAGCAACAACUUGAAUCCAAACUCAAACAACUGGAGGAUAAGGUGGUAUUACUGAAGAGUAGCCAAGGAGACAGUGGGAAGAGAAUAUCUGCUUUAGAAGAGGAAUUAGAUGAAUUUAAAGUAUGGAGGGAUAAGUAUGACAACCUACGAAAACAAGCCCAGUCAAUGAAGGAGAAAUACGAGGCCAGGAUAUCAGAUGUGGAGGCUGAGAGGGAUGAAGCACAGGAAGAGUUGGAAUCACAGGAAGAAAAGACCAAGGCAGCUGUUGCUGCAGCUGUAG